UCUCUCCCUCAGUUCCGUCAGUCGGCACGAAACAUUCGUCCCGUGUGGAUGUUAACCGCGUAAAGCAAGUAGUGCAUAUUUUGAUGAGUUACACUCUGUCGGCUCUAACCUCGGUGUUUGUGUAUUCCAUAAAGUGCGUGUAUAUGUGUGUGUGUGUGGCUAGACAACGACAGUUUGUUUAUUUUUUUAACGAGAAAUUUUUCCUUUUCUUGUUCGGAAGGAAAAAGUAAAGACAAAAGAAAAAGAAAAGUUUGUUUGCAUCGUGUGGUUGUGUGCACCUUUUUCAGUGAGUGUGUCGCCAUCUUGAAGAUUCCUGUUUUUUUUUUUUCUUUUCCCGCCAUUAUUCCCCAACCGACCGGUGUAAACGAGUGACGACGGUUGGGUAAGGUGCUGCGGGCAACAGUUUGAAACAAAAACAAAAAAGGUGGUAAUUGAAAACAAAAAAUAAAUUCACUCCCCCACUCCCCCCCCCAAAAAAAAACUAGUUGGGAAAUAUAAGAAGAACUGGCUUUGUGAUCUCGUGAGCUUUUUUUAGUUUUCGAGCAUUUCCCCUUCGACAAAGUCAUUGGACGAAAAGGAAAGUAGUGUCUGUGGUGCAAAAAAUAAAAAGGAAAAAGAAUCGAGCAAUAAAAAAAAGUUUGUUUACGUGAGAGAGCGGAACAUGCGCUCAACGUGAUUCCGGUCGAUGAUGUCAUCGUUGGCAUGAUUCACCCCUUGCAAGCUGUUCCUUUUAUCCAACAUUUGAGCGUCACGCUGCUUUUGAAAUAGUGAAGAAAAUUCAUCAUCUGGUGGAAUACAUUGGACAAAAACACAAACUUUUCUUUCCUCCUCGAAAUGGAUAUCUUACCAAGUGGAAAUAUUUUUCGCGAAUUGCAAGUCGUUCACGACACUGGAUACCUGUCGGCACAGACGUCACUCGAAGAUCACUGGGAACAGACGUGUUACGAGAUGGAACGGUAUUUGAAAGACGAGCCGCAACAGACAUCAUCAUCGCCGUUUUGCUCGUCAUCGGCCGUCCGUCGAGCUGAAUCCUUCGACAUGUUGUCUUCCAUCCAACCGGCCGGCUAUUUGGCUCCCGAUUCGGUCAACUCUCCCAUGUGGCCGUGGUCGUUCAAACAAGAACCAGUCGAUCCAGACACGGAUCUCGAUGACGGAUGCCAACUCCUGCGCGCCCACAAACACCACCAGAUCGCUCUUCGGUUGGGAUUCAAAUUGCGGGAUGGUGAAACGUACGCUGGCGAAUCGACGGAAGCGGAUGAAAGUGAUCGCGAAUUGGAAGGGGAGGAGGAAGAAGAAGAAGAAGAAGAAGAAGAAAGAAAAGGCGGAAGAGCUUUGGAUGCGGUGAGCUUAAGCUCGGCUAGUUCACGAUCGAGUCGCGGCUCAUGGGACUGCCUGGGCGACCUGGAUUUGCGAAUUCAUUCGUACAAUUGCAGUUCGACAAGUUCUCACAGUAGUUCGAGUAGUCAUCAUCAUCGGUCCAAUCAUCGAGGCGCUGUCAGACUUUAUCAACAUCACCACAAGACGCCCCGAUCGGGUCAACUUCUUACUCCGCCUUCCAGUCCUGAAUCCAUCCGCGUCUCAAUGGUUCCGGCACUCAAGUCGGUCAACCGGAACGCUGCCAACAAUGGCAAACAUACCUCUUUGAUCAACAACAGCGUCGCUGCGUCUGACAACGCUGUCACUACCACCACUGCCUCUGAACUGAACGGACAGACGAACCGGAACACGGCCGCCGCUGCCGUGCGGACGUUGACGGCGUUGGGUUUGACGCCGGCCACGUCGCGGGGCGGAGUUGCCGAACGUCGCCGCAUCCACAAGUGCCAAUUUCCCGGAUGCAAAAAAGUCUACACCAAAAGUUCUCAUCUCAAGGCCCACCAGAGGACCCAUACAGGAGAAAAGCCGUACCAAUGCUCUUGGGAGGGGUGUCAAUGGCGUUUCGCCCGUUCUGAUGAAUUGACCCGCCAUUACCGCAAACACACAGGCGCCAAACCGUUCAAGUGCGUCCAUUGCGAACGCAGUUUCUCCCGCUCUGACCAUUUGGCCCUCCACCUCAAACGCCACCAGUGAAGACCGGCGUGAAUUUUCUUUUUUUCUUUUUUUAUAUUUUUGGUGGAUGCUUGUACACACCGCAUAGUUUUUUUGUGUUUUUUUCUUUCUUGUUACACCUUUUAAUUUUUUUUUUUCUAAAUUGAAAUUAAGGGUAAUUUCCCCUGCGACUUUUUUUUUUCUGUUUUUGUUAUUGAACAAAAAAUUUUUUCACGCGUCUGCGGCCACCGCACAUCGAACAAGGAAAACAACCAAAAUUGGGCAAAACGGAGCAAUUUUUUAAAAAAUGUGGCAAUGAUUUUUCUAUUUAAAGCAACAAAAAAACAACAAAAAAAAACCAAAAAAAAAUUAUGAUGUUUCAGUCGUUCACCCCCUCUCCCAUGCUUGACGUGAGCUUGUAGCUGACAUUAAAACAAAAUAUAUAUAACAUAUUUUUUUGAAUUUUUAAACCAUCAUAGUUUGAAGCUUUGACGUUGUUGCGCAAUGGCGAUUUCGUUAUACUCGUCGUGUAUACCUCUCUCCUUCCAAAGCUUUUCACUUUUGAUUAUCAUGGGUUCUGUUAUUUCUUCUUACAGUGCCCCUAUCUUCCAAUGAACAAAACAAGAAGAUUUUUUUUUUUUUUUAUGGCUUUUACAGAGUCUCCACUUUUUUAUUUUUUAUUGAACCGUUCAGCCAAGUGUGAUGAUCUUUUAAAAUGCAUUUCAUUUUUUGCCCCACUGAAACUGGAUAAACUAAAAUUCUUUUGAAAUUCCGUUCCCAUCUUUUUCCUUCUGCUUCCUUCCUUUUAAUAUCUCCAUCUUUUAAAGGACGGGCCAAAAAAAAAAGGAUUCUGCUUGAUAGAGAAAUAAAUAAA